CCUCCCCUCCCAGACGCUAGGGCGCAUGCUCCCUCGGGAGCCUCUCCGCAUGCGCACCGAAGCCCCUCGCCCCGCCAGCGGAGCGCGUCUGCGCGUGGAGGCGCAGCACGGACUGGGCGCUGUGGCGGCGCGGCCUGCAGCGCCCCUAAGAGCCGGGACGGAGGCGCGAGGCGGCGGCCGCGGCCCGCGGGCCAGUCCCGCCGCCGCCCCCCCCCCCUCCUCCUCCUCCUCCUCGCCGCCCCAGCUGACGCUGCUGGUGAUGCAGCCGUGCGGCGGGGGGGAGGAGGUGGCUGCGGCUGGCAGGGUCUUGCCGCAAGCGGCGGAGCCCCCGGGCGGCGGCCUCAUGUUCCUCUACGAGGUGGCGCCGGGCGAGGCGGAGGAGGGCGAGGCCGAGGGCGAGGCGGCGGGCGAGGGUGCGGCCAGCCCGGAGGAGCUGGAGGACGAGGAGGCGGCGGGCGGCAGCUGCAAGAGCUGCACGUGGGCGGGCUGCAGCGAGACCACGACGCAGGUGGCGAAGCAGCGCAAGCCCUGGAUGUGCAAGCGGCACCGCAACAAGAUGUACAAGGACAAGUACAAGCGCAAGAAGAGCGACCAGGCGCUGGGCGGCAGCGGGGCGGGCGCCGCGCAGGGCGGGGCGGCCACGCCGGGGGGCAGCGCCCGGGCCGAGGAUUGUGUGGAAGGCUCAGUUUCUGUUACCAAACGAACAGGAUCUAUUGGAGAUCGUCCAGCCAGACCUACUCUUCUAGAACAAGUGCUAAAUCAAAAGAGGCUGUCAUUAUUAAGAAGUCCGGAAGUGGUACAGUUUCUGCAGAAACAGCAGCAAAUGCUAAGUCAACAAGCUUUGGAACAAAGACAACAACAGUUUCAAGGAGCACCUAUUUGAUUUGUCCCAGUCAUAUAUCUACAGUUAAAUCUCAUCUUGAAAUGGGAAGUGGGACAUGGAUACAUCCUUAACAUUCUUAAAAAGGAAUACUAGUGGUGUUAAGAAGGAAAAUUUAAAUUGUUGCUACUACUGCUUUGCUAUACUUGUUUUGUGGUUGCACUUUUGGAUUUCUGAGCUGUUCAGAAAUCCACAAACUUGUGAGUAAAUCUGGAGGAAUCUGGUUCCCUAUGUCAGCAUCGUUGUUUACCUUUCAUAUUUUGUAUAGAAAUGUAUUGAUAUUGUUAAUAUUUACAUAUACAUCCCCUUCCCACCAAAUUCUUCCAUUAAAUUAACUAAACAUUUUGCUGUAUGAGAUGUUUAAUAUCUUAAAUGAAGCCACUCUUUAAUGACAGUCAUUUGAAGAAGAAAAGGCAAUUACUUUCUGUGGAAGUUGAGAAAUAAAAGUAUUGACUUGGAGCUAACCUAGUGGUAUGACAUAAUGACCUAAUGCUCAGGGAUAUAUACAGGACUUGAGUCGAUUAGAUUCUGUUGCACUAAUGUUUAAAGACAAAAUGUCAUGUAAUAGAUGCAGUAGUGACUGACAGAAGUGGAAACAUCCUGUUGCUACUUGUCCAUAUCUGCAUUGAAAUGUAUUAUUAUUCUAUGUAAAAACUUGUAGAAGAUAACCACCAAAAUCAAGGGCAAACUUGAAGAAGUUGAAAUGCAGAAAAGCCCUAGAGCGUAGAGAAGAAAGAAGAGCUAUGGGAAAGAGUUUAAAGCUGAAACAAAGUUAAUCUAAGCUUGUUCAUUGUUUACAUAAACUUUUACUAUAACAGGUUUUUAUUAUUAUUACUAAAUGUUACUCCUUACAGAACUGGUGUCAACAGCUUGCUUAAGUGAUAGUAGAAUAAUUUGUUGUCUUUGGGGUGAACUAAUAUAAGGGUAGAAAUAGAUGAUGUCUGAUUUCUUAUUUGUGCUGCCUUAAAAAUGUUAAGGCAGCACAAAUGCAGAGCAAAGAGAUGUCCUUACCCUAUGUUAUGCCACAUGAUAGGAAAAUCAGUGUAGCAGCAAUGGCUAAUAAUAGACUCUAUUGCUAUUAUACUCUGUUUAUUGUGUGCCCUGUGGGGCUGGUUGGGUGGGGGAAAUCCCAGCUUUCUCCACUGCUCUGGAUCUGUGCCGUAGGUCUGGGGUAAUGGAGGAAAAGUGCUUUCCCACUUAGCCCUGUGCAGCUAGCUGGGCAGGGGAACGCCUGGCAUUCUCCACUGCCCCAGACCCGUGCUGGGCUGGGGAAUGCCAGUUGUUCCUGCACCUAGCCAGUGGGGCUGGCUGAGCAGGGAAGCACUUUUCCCUGCUGUCCUAGACCCAUAGCCCAGGUCUGGGUAAGUGAGAUCACGUCGCACCUUGUCUUACCCCAUCAAAAGUGGGACAAAGGGUGGUGUGUGUGUUUUAUACAGUGAAGUGAAUCAGCUGUGUGAUAACAUGUCAUAGUACAGCUGAAUUGCUCGGUUUGGUGAUGUUUCUAGCCGAGAAUAUCAUUUAUUUGUCAUUGUGUUAAAACCCAUGAGUAACAUUUUUAUUCCUAAACAAAAAAUGAUUAAAGCUUUCAAUUUUAGAAUAGCAGUUGUGUCCAAAGAAUUAAAAUUUAAUUUCCUUUUUGCUCCUUAACGGUAGUCUGUCUUCUCAAGAAAGAUACCUUUUUCAUGAACUUCCUACAAGACAGCUAGCAUUUAAUUCACUCAAAACAAUAUUGGACACUUGAUUUAUAGUAAGUGUUACAUUUUAGGUUACUUGCCUAGGAAUCCAUAUGUUGCAUCACGUGAGGAUGCAGCCCAAGUUUCGAUUCGUAUUAAAAAUUGUUCCUAAGAAAAGGGUGUUGUAGUAGUGAAGAUUCCUGUUAAAAGUGUGAGUGGUACAUACUCCAUUGAUCUGAUCAUUGAUGAGUAUCUGUUCAAGAAUGUGUGUGACACGCACGUAGGUGUUUCUAUAUGUAAUGUAUUUAUGUGUAGAAACUGUUCAUUAGGAAUUUGUUAAUUGUGUGUCUAGAAUGAUGCAGCUCUCUCUCUCUCGCUUGUACUCGUGCUCACUCGCUCUCUGCCAUUUAAGAUCCUUUGUAUCAACAAUAUUGGACCAGUAUUUUGAGCAAACCCUUUUGUAAAAAUCAGCUAUAUUUUUAAAUUUCCAUUGCAAUCGUGUGUUAAUCUUAUGUUCUUUUUUAUAUUAAAAUAGCCCUGAUUAAAUGGCCUGAAACUUG